GGUGGGGGGGUGGGGGGGAAACAAGUGAGAUCUGAUCUCCAAACUCAGCCAUGACGUCUCCGGCUAAAUUCCGCAAGGACAAGGAGAUCGUGGCCGAAUAUGAAACUCAAGUUAAAGAGGUUCGAGCCCAGUUGGUGGAACAGCUCAAGUGUCUGGACCAGCAAUGCGAGCUUCGGGUUCAGCUACUUCAGGACCUGCAGGACUUCUUCAGAAAGAAGGCCGAGAUCGAGAUGGACUACAGCCGCAACCUGGAGAAACUGGCUGAGAGGUUCCUCACAAAGACACGCAGCACCAAGGACCAUCUACUAAAGAAGGAGCAGACCAUCUUGUCUCCGGUUAACUGCUGGAACCUACUGCUGCUGCAGGUGAAAAGGGAGAGUCGUGACCACGCCACUUUGUCUGACCUCUACCUCAACAACAUCAUUCCCAGGUUUGCGCAGAUCAGCGAGGACUCAGGACGCCUCUUCAAGAAGAGCAAAGAGGUUGGAGCCCAGCUGCAGGAGGACCUGAUAAAAGUUCUCAAUGAACUUUACUCGGUGAUGAAGACGUACCACAUGUACAACACUGACAGCAUCAAUGCAGAGUCCAAGCUGAAGGAGGCGGAGAAGCAGGAGGAGAAGCAGAUGGGACGCUCCAGUCGACAGGAAGACAAGCAGACGCCGCGCUCCCCAGACGCGCUGGGCAGCAUCAGGACCGAGGAGAGAGUCGUCCGCCGUUCCAGCGUGAAAAAGAUCGAAAAGAUGAAGGAGAAGAGACAGGCCAAAUACACGGAGAACAGGCUGAAAGCCAUGAAGGCCAGGAAUGAGUACCUGCUGGCACUGGAGGCCACCAACAGCUGCGUCUUCAAAUAUUACAUCCAUGACCUCUCCGACAUCAUUGAUUGCUGCGAUCUGGGCUACCAUGCUAGUCUGCACCGGGCCCUGAGGACCUACCUGUCUGCAGAGCAGAACGUAGAGACGUCUAAGCACACGGGUCUGGAAACACUGGAAGGAGCAGCGGAGAGCCUGGAGGCCAACGCAGACAAGCAGAAGCUGAUGGAGACCUACAACAACGUCUUCUGCCCGCCGGCUCGAUUUGAUUUUCAGUCUCACAUGGGCGACACGAUGGGUGUGAUGUGUGCGCAAUCUCCUCUGGAAACCGACCUCAGCCAGAGGUGUCAGCAGCUGCAGUCACGCCUCUCCACUCUGAAGAUCGAGAAUGAAGAGGUGAAAAAAACCAUGGAGGCCACUCUGUCCACCAUCCAAGACAUGGUGACGGUGGAGGACUACGACGUGUCCGAGUGCUUCCACCACAGCCACAGCAUGGAGUCGGUGAAGUCCACGUUCAGCGAGUCGUAUCUGAGCAAACCCAGCCUGGCCAAGCGGCGGGCCAAUCAGCAGGAGACCGAGCAGUUUUACUUCACGAAGCUGAAGGAGUUUCUGGAAGGAAGGAGUCUGAUCACCAAGCUGGAGGCCAAGCAUGACCUAAUCCAGAAGACUCUGGGUGAGAGUCAGAAAACGGACUGUUGCCCUGCCAGUGGAAGGAGAAAUUCAACCGUGCGGAAGCAGGACUCAGGUGAAACCAUUCCACUGAUGGUCGAGAGCUGCAUCCGCUUCAUUAGUCGCCAUGGUCUGCAGCAUGAGGGCAUCUUCAGAGUGUCUGGAUCUCAGGUGGAGGUCAACGACAUCAAGAAUGCCUUUGAGAGAGGCGAGGACCCGCUGGCUGGGGACCAGAAUGACCAUGACAUGGACUCUAUUGCUGGAGUGCUGAAGCUCUACUUCAGAGGCCUGGAUCACGCACUCUUCCCCAAAGAAGUCUUCCAUGACCUCAUAUCCUGUGUCUCAAUGGAGAGUCUCCAGGAGCGAGCAGUUCACAUUAAGAAGGGUCUGCAAAGCCUUCCAAGUAAAACCCUCAUCAUCAUGAGAUACCUGUUCGCCUUCCUCAACCAUCUGUCUCAGUACAGUGAGGAAAACAUGAUGGACCCCUACAACUUGGCCAUCUGCUUCGGCCCCACCCUGAUGUCUGUCCCCGAAGGCCAUGACCAGGUCUCCUGCCAGGCUCACGUCAACGAACUCAUUAAAACUAUCAUCAUCCAUCAUGACACCAUCUUCCCCGGCCUGCAGGACCUGCCAGGCCCGAUAUACACCUUCCCUGGAGCAGGGGAGGACUUCUGGUGAGGACAGAACGCUAACGGGUC